CCAGCCCUAGCCCCAGCGCGCUGUCCUGCUGGCAGUGACUGAGUGACCUUGAGCCAGUGUUUGGUCGAGAGCUACGCAGGGAGGGUGUCUGGAAGCUUGUUAGCCGGCUUGUUUCAGUGAGCCUCCUUCUUCUGCUGUGUUCGCUGUCAGUAAGCCAGAAAUGGUGGUGGUGCGGGUGUAUAGAUCGCUAGGAGAGACGGAGGAGAGUGGAAGCGCCGGCCUGUUGCUUCAGCGACUGCGGACCGUGUGCCCUGCCCUCACACGCCUGCAGCAGGAAACGUGCUACUAUAUCCUGGUCGACGGGAAAGAUAAUGAAGCACAGGCGCAGGAUGUGAUGCAGGUGCUGGGGAAGGAGGCAGCGUGUCAGUUGUGGGGCCUGCUGGGGGACCCUUGGCUUCCUGACUCAGGACUGCACACCACCACACAGCUGCAGCCCAGCCACGACUCUCAGGUUCUGGUGGAGAUUGGUCCCAGGCUGACCUUCACCACAGCAUGGAGCACCAAUGCCGUCAGCAUAUGUCAGGCCGCGGGGCUGACAGGUGUCAGGCGCUUGGAGCGAGCUCACCGCUACCUGGUGACUGCUUCUGCUCCAUUCUCACUGCAGGACAGGCAAAAGCUGGUGGCAGCGCUGCAUGACCCCAUGACCCAGCAGGAGUAUGUCAAGCCUCUGAACAACUUCACCCUCCUGGUGGAGCCAGAAGACUGGGUGGAAGUGGAUGUGUUGGGGAGUGGCAAGGUGGCACUGCAGGAAGUCAAUAAGAAAAUGGGACUUGCCUUUGAUGAAUGGGAUGUGGACUAUUACACUGAGCUCUUCAAGACAAAGGUGCAGCGAAAUCCAACCACAGUAGAGCUGUUUGACCUUGCCCAGUCCAACUCUGAGCAUUCCCGGCACUGGUUCUUCAAGGGGAAGUACUGGGUUGAAGGAGAAGAGCUGCCCUGUUCUUUAAUGGAGAUGGUGGCAGCAACCAACACUGCAGCCACCACCAACUCUAACAACGUCAUUGCAUUCUCAGACAACUCCAGUGGCAUCAAGGGGUGGGAGGCAGCCGUCCUAGUGCCGUCAGACCCGUGUGUCGCCUCAGAGGUCGGGGUGGAACAGCGUCUCAGACACAUCAUCUUGACUGCAGAGACACACAACUUCCCCACGGGUGUUGCUCCCUUUAGCGGUGCCACAACAGGGACAGGCGGCAGGAUCCGUGAUGUGCAGGCAGCAGGGCGUGGUGGGCAUGUGGUGGCGGGCACUGCUGGUUACUGCUUUGGGAACCUGCUCAUCCCUGGUUAUGAUUUGCCUUGGGAGGAGAAAGAUGUGGAGUACCCAAGUAAUUUUGCUCCAUCACUAGAAGUAGCCAUAGAGGCAUCUAAUGGAGCCUCUGACUAUGGCAACAAGUUUGGUGAACCCGUCGUUGCUGGGUUUGCUCGCUCCUUCGGCCUCAAUGUGGGAGAGCCUGGUCACACAGAGAGGAGGGAGUGGAUCAAGCCCAUCAUGUUCAGCGGAGGCAUCGGUACCCUGGAUGCCAACAUGGUGAAAAAACAUGAGGCUCAGCAAGGAGCCAAGAUUGUGAAGGUGGGCGGACCAGUGUACAGGAUUGGGGUCGGCGGUGGAGCAGCCUCCUCCAUACAGGUUCAGGGGGACAAUGAACCAACCCGUGACCUGGGUGCUGUGCAGCGCGGGGAUGCCGAGAUGGAGCAGAAGAUGAAUCGGGUCAUACGAGGCUGCCUGGAGAUGAAGGUCAAUCCUAUCAUGGCCUUGCAUGACCAAGGGGCUGGAGGAAAUGCCAAUGUCCUGAAGGAGUUGAUGGAGGGGGCUGGUGGUCUGGUGUUCCGGGACAGCUUCACCCUGGGGGACCCCACCCUGUCCACAUUGGAAGUCUGGGGUGCUGAGUAUCAGGAGUCUAACGCCCUUCUGGUGCAGCCCAGUGACCUUCCCGCCCUGGCCCUGUUAGCCACCAGGGAGAGGUGUCCCAUAGACACUGUUGGUUACAUCACUGGGGACAACAAGGUUCGUUUGGUGGAGGGAAAGAUGGAGGAUGCUGCCACUCUGUUGGAGGGAGCACCAAAGUACCCCGUGAAUCUACACCUUGAUUGGGUCUUGGGGAAGAUGCCAAAGAAGGAAUUUAGAUGGAGCAAGGAAAGAGUGGAGUUGGUUCCCCUGGUGCUGCCAGAGAGCCUGAGUGUGAGGGAGGCCCUGACAAGAGUCCUGAGGCUGCCAUCUGUUGCCAGCAAACGUUAUCUCACCAACAAGGUGGACCGCUCCGUGACAGGCCUGGUGGCUCAGCAGCAGUGUGUGGGGCCCUUCCACACUCCUCUGGCUGAUGUUGCUGUCACUGCUGCCUCUUUCUUCAGCAAGGAAGGAACUGCUACAAGUAUUGGUGAGCAACCAGUGAAGAUAUUGGUGAACCCUCAAGCUGGUGCUCGCCUCACAGUGCUGGAGGCCAUGGCUAACCUUGCUGCUGCUCCUGUUUCUCACUUGAAGGACGUCAAGUGUUCAGCAAAUUGGAUGUGGCCAGCCAAGCUGCCUGGCGAGGGUUGGUCCUUGUACCAGGCGUGUGAGGCCAUGUGUGACAUCCUGAAAGCAGUGGGUGUCGGAGUGGAUGGAGGGAAGGACUCGCUGAGCAUGGCAGCAAGAGUAGCUGGGGGAGUGGUGAAAGCUCCUCCAGGCCUUGUUGUGUCUAUGUAUGCUCCAUGCCCAGACAUUACCAAGGUUGUGACACCAGACCUGAAAAGCCCUGGCCGAGGGGAGGUGGGGGAGCUGGUAUGGGUGCGUCCUGUCCCUGGCUAUGCCCGCCUGGCUGGGUCAGCUUUGGCACAAGUGUAUGGCCAAGUGGGGCGAGAUUGCCCUGAUGUCGACCAACACCACAUUGCAGCAUUUAUUGUUGCAUUUAACCUUAUUCAAGAGCUGCUUGAUGAAAGAGAUGUGUUGGCACUUCAUGAUGUCAGUGAUGGUGGGCUGCUGACUUGCCUGCUGGAGAUGUGUGUGGCUGGCUGGGGUGGAGCUAGUGUGGAUGUUCCGCCACCACCAGCGCCUCCGGCCUCUGCCUCAGAUAAGGCACCGGCCACUCUUGCUGCUCUCUUCAGUGAGGAAGUUGGGUGGGUGUUGGAGGUGGGCAGUGGCCGAGCCCCUGACAUUGUUCACAAGUUUGUUAGUAAUGGUGUUCCUGGCACUUGUGUUCUGGGCACCACCACCACUGUUGGGCCUCAUGCUCCGGUGACUGUUCAUGUUGGAGGAAAAGAAGUUUUAAAUAAGACUGUUCUGGAAAUUGCCAAAGAAUGGGAAGAAACAAGCUACCAAUUGGAAAGACUUCAGACCAACCCAGAGUGUGCUGAGCAGGAGUUUCUGAAUCUAGAGAGCUGUGUUCACACCACCUACCACGUCCCAUUCUCCUACAGGGACUUUGUCUUAGGGCCAGAGAGGACCUGUGUGAGUGUGCCUCGAGUGGCUGUUCUGCGGGAGGAAGGAACCAAUGGGGACCGAGAGAUGGUGGCAGCUCUCCUCCAGGCAGGCUUCUGUGUGCAUGAUGUCACCAUGUCGGACCUUCUGUGUGGGGAAACUUUACUGCAAGGGUUCAAAGGAGUGAUUUUCCCAGGAGGAUUCAGCUAUGCAGAUGUGUUAGGGUCUGCGGUUGGUUGGGCAGGUGUGGUGCGUGGGCAUGCAGGGCUGAGGGCAGCACUAGAGGCAUGGCGUACCAGACCAGACACCUUCUCCCUUGGGGUUUGCAACGGGUGUCAACUGAUGGCACUUCUUGGCUGGCUUGACCCUCCCAACAUAAGUGAGAAUGGGUUGCCUGAUGUGCUUCUCAAAGGCAACAUCUCGGGCCGCUUUGAGUCCCGCUGGUCAAGAGUACACAUUGAGAAGACUAAUUCUAUCCUGCUGAGGGGAAUGGAAGGUGCCAAGCUUGGAGUGUGGGUGGCUCAUGGAGAAGGUCGCUUUACGUUCCGGAAUGACAAAGUGGCGGAGGCAAUAGAAAGCAGCAAGUGUGUGGCUCUGCGUUAUCUGGACCCGCAGGAUGAGCCAACGCAACGCUAUCCCUUCAACCCUAAUGGCUCUCAGGGUGGUGUGGCAGGGCUGACAUCAACAUGUGGGAGGCAUCUGGCCCUCAUGCCUCAUCCUGAGAGAUGUGUCCUCACCUGGCAGUGGCCACACCUGGCACCUCCACUGUGCCCCCUGACAGAAGAGGCACUCAGACUAACAGCACCAUGGAGCAAACUCUUCCAGAAUGCCUUUGACUGGUGCCUGGAGCAUCCUUGAUAGGAAGCAGAACAAACAAAAUUAGCUUGGCAGGGAUCACAAAUCGGGAUCACAAAUCUGUAUGACUAAAAGAAGAGCAAAGUGUCGCCUGUGUGAGAGCAAAUGAAGUGUAAGUUCAAAUUUUCAUAGAGCACAUAAGAUUCAUGAAAAUUUUCCAUGACAGACUAUAAAGUGGCUCUGCACUGUGCUGGCUGUUGAGAGAAUGGAGGUUACUUGCUCAAGGCAAUAGUUUGCCAAAUUCUUGAUGUUUGAUUUAGGUAACUAGUUUGUGAGUUUGUAACACUAAAUUGUUUAAUUAUGCUAAGACAAAGUUCCUUCAUUACCA